CAGGAAUAGGAAACUAGAAUAGGGAAUUUGAGGAAGGAUCGAUCCGAAUUCCAAAAUGGACUUUGUUGGUCCUUUUGGAGUAACACUUGGGUUACAGCAAACCCCACUGGCAAGUUGCAACGAAGAGGAAAUUACCAGGGAGGAAGGUGAGAAUUUUGAUUCCUUUUUUGCGGGAAACGAUUAGGUUACAGUUGUUCCCGAUCGAUCUUUCUGCUAAUUCGAGUUAUAUGCUUCUUCUGCGUUGAUUUUGUGUGUUCUACGGAUUAGAGAGAAGCGAGAGUUCCUUCUCUUAUUUGGGUUUGCGAUUUGUUACUGACCUACGACCAUGGCGUCUUCAUCGUCGUCCGCGCAGCUUCGGCUUAUGUCCGAUCUCAAAACCAUCAUAAACGAGCCUCCGGAGGGAUGCAGCGCCAGUCCAUUAUCUGAAGACAAUUUGUUCGUUUGGAGUGCAAGCAUAUUCGGUCCUGAUGAGACUCCUUGGGAAGGUGGUGUUUUUGGGUUGCGGUUGAUUUUCGGGGAUAACUAUCCCGGGAAACCCCCUCGUGUUCGCUUCACCUCGGAAAUUUUCCAUCCCAAUGUUUAUCGUGAUGGUACCCUUUGCAUGGACAUCAUCCAGGAUGCAUGGUCGCCCUGUCACAAUGUCUCUACUAUUUUGACAUCAAUUCAGUCACUUCUCACUGAUCCAAACCCAGCAAGUCCUGCAAAUCCUGAAGCUGCUCAGCUGUAUCAACAUGAUCGCCAGGCUUUUAACAGGAGAGUGCGGCGGUGUGCUCGUAGAUCCAUCGAAUCUUCGUAGAUUUGAUUGCCAUGUCCAGUAUUUUUUUAUUCCGUUGACUAAAGAAUUCAUGGAUGAUGGAGAAGGUUUCCUUGAGCUGUAUGUCUGUGAUUAUAGAUUUUUACUCUCGUUUUUUUUGCCACGCCGUUACUUCUUGGUACUCUUUCCCAGUUUCAAAAUGUUGUAAUUUCCAAAUAUGGUCUUUUCAUGAACAAACAAUGUGUACAGCUUCCUGAGGAUUUUGAAAGAAAUUGCAUCCAAGUUCAUAUAAA